UAAUAUUUCUCCAAUUGUGCUUGGCUGUGUGUACUACGAAUUCUGGUUUCUUAUCAUUUGUCUCCUGUUUGAAUUUGAUUUUUCAAAAGAAAUUCCAGUGUUUACUAGUCGAUAGAUGGCGAAACAAUCAGUUCUCACAGCAGGUUCUCUACUCCUUUAAGGUCAGCGUUCAGCUUUUAAUUGAAUUUACGAGCCAGGAGGACCCAUCGCAGCUCUGGAACUCUCGGGGGGGAAUAACAAACAAGUCCAUUUUAGGACAAACCUUCGACCGAAAUUCUGAAUUGGUCAAGAAAAAAUUUAAAAACAUUUUUUCCAAAUGUAGAAUAGCUAAACCAGAAACAAGAACCAGUCCAGUUUCUCAAUAACUGCUUGUAACGCGUUGCCUUUUUUUUUUAAAAAGAGAAAAAAACAUUUUUAUUUUUUUAAAUAAAAUUAUUGAUAUGUAAAAAGAGCAAGGUUGGCCAGGUAGUGCGCAGCAGCUGGUUUUCCCACUAACUGGACCAUCGGAUUCCGUUUGGUUUCUGAUGGGAUUUUGCGUAUUUUUUGGAGUUUUUAGAGAACUGACCGUGGACGGGACGGGCCGUACAUGUCAUCCUGAUCAGAUGGAAUUUUAUCCCCUUAGUAACAAGAAAAAAAAAAAGAGUUGACUGGGAAACCAUACGCGCAUAUUGCACAUCAUCCUCUGCCGGAUCAACAUUUUCGACGUCCCUUAUAUUUCGGGAUUUCGGACAACUUUUCUAUAUGUCAGCCCAGCCUGUAUAUAUACCCAGACGUAAUUGGUGGCCUUCUCCGAUUUACCCUUUUCUCGGAAAUAAAUAUACGUAUAUGUUAUAAGUCUUUAGAAAAAAUAUCGGGCCCAGGAGAGAUAGCCAAUACGUCAAAUGUUUACCAAUUCCGCUACUACAGACACACACACACACACACAGGCAGUAACUAAAUACCGCAGCCGUCCUCGUAUGAGAGACGAUGUGCGCUAGUUUUGAUUAAAAUUAUUUUUUUUUUUCCUGGCAAGAUAUAAAGACAUGGACUGAAGCACUUUAAGUCGCUUAUUUACUUUUUUUUUCGUUUAAGAAGCGAAAUUUGAGUCAACCGUCAAAUUCGAUAAGACGUCCUUUUUUCUUUUAAAUAUCCGCCAAACAGCUAAAAAUGCGAAAAACCGUCAAAAGAAAAACUGUGAUUUAAUUCCCACUAUGGGGUUUCAGCUUGAAAUUAUAUAACCAACGCCAUAGUUACUAGUUUUCUCUUGUUCUAUUGAGCCUUUUGGGCGUAUAGGCUCGUCACUGGCACGUAAUUGAAUCCUCGCAAAUCUGCGGAGCCCGACAUUUUUAAUUCCGUCGUUACAUAACCACGACCAAAAAAAAAAGGAUAGAUAUUAUAUUAUAAUACUGCCAAACGAAAUACGCCAAAAAGAAUAAGCUUUCGGAUUUGUUGAAUGUGGGCAACACAAGAGGGCCGCCAAGGGGAAAAAUUGUUGGUCGUCCCAUCUUUUUUUUCUUUCUUUUUAUUUAUACUAAACACAUGUGUAGAAAUAAUAAAAAAAUGUUUCUUUUAAAAAAGAAAAAAAGAUAAAAGGAAAAAUAAAUUUUUGGAAUAUAGCAGCCUCCACCUCCAGCCUCCUUGUGUGUCGAGAGUGUAGGAACGUAUACAUAGGGAGCGCCCCCAGAAUAGAAACCGCUGCGAGAGAGAUAAGGCCAUUUCCUUUUUGAAAAAAGAAAAAGAAAACAAAACUCGACGAGUGUCAAAAGAGCGUAGAAAAACCUUGGACUUUUUUUUUUCUCCGUCUCCGUCUGGUACACGACAGUCGGGCCUGACACUUCUGCUGCUCAGCUGACGCUUUUUAUUCCCUGCAUCCGCUCAGCAGUCGUCAAUCGACUGCGGUUGAAAUUUUUUAGUUGUGUUUUUCGUCGUCGUUGUUUAUUAGAUCGGACGCCGACCGACCAGAACAUAUCCACAGUGUCUCGAAACGAGAUUUAACCCACCGAAAAGUCAAUCAAAAGUCGCAAAUGGAUAAUCUCGGACUGAGCCGUGAUGUGGCCGACAUCGAGAAUAUUUUGGCGCUAAAUCCAAAAAUCAAACCGUUUGCCAGUUUGGUUCCGUCGGCCGAAACCAAGAAGAUCAAGAAGCACUGGAAACGUAACGGCGAUAAAAACUGCCAGUCUUGCGGACCGCCGGAUUUAUUCCAAAACUUUGACGACAUCAAACACACGACGCUGAGCGAGCGUGCCGCCGUCCGUGAAGCUGCACGCUGCCUGAAAUGUGCCGACGCCCCGUGUCAAAAGUCUUGUCCGACUCAGCUGGACGUCAAGAGCUUCAUCGGCAGUAUCUCGACCAAGAACUAUUACGGAGCUGCUAAAGCAAUUUUCUCGGAUAAUCCUCUGGGCCUCACGUGCGGAAUGGUGUGCCCAACUAGCGACCUCUGCGUGGGUGGGUGCAAUUUGUACGCGUCGGAAGAAGGGCCCAUCAACAUCGGAGGGCUACAGCAAUUCGCCACGGAGAUGUUUAAGUUGAUGAAAAUUCCGCAAAUCCUAUCGCCCGAUUUGGUCGUGGAUGAAUUGGGGCCUGGAUAUCGGUCGAAAAUCGCUCUGCUCGGCUGUGGUCCGGCUUCGAUUUCUUGCGCCACUUUUCUAGCCCGAUUGGGUUAUUCCGAUUUAACUAUCUUCGAGAAGAAUGAAACGAUUGGUGGCCUCAGUUCGUCCGAAAUCCCGCAAUAUCGUCUCCCUUACGAAGUUGUCGAUUUCGAAAUCGAGUUGAUGAAAGACUUGGGAGUCAAAAUCGAACGAGGAAGAUCGCUCAGCCUGGCAGACAUAACUCUGCAGGGCUUGAAAGACCAAGGCUACCAAGGAGUUUUCAUCGGCAUUGGUUUGCCGCAAGCCAAAAGGAUUUCCAUCUUUGAAAACCUGAGCGAACAAAUGGGUUUUUAUACUUCAAAGGAUUUCCUGCCCAAAGUUUCCGUCGCUAGUAAACCCGGAAUGUGCAAGUGCAAAUCGGCUCUGCCGUCGCUACACGGGAACGUGAUCGUCCUGGGAGCGGGAGACACGGCCUUCGAUUGCGCCACGUCGGCUUUGCGCUGCGGCGCCAAACGCGUUUUCGUCGUCUUCCGCAAAGGAUUCAACAACGUCCGUGCCGUCCCCGAAGAGAUGGGUUUGGCUAUUGAAGAGAAGUGCGAAUUCAUGCCGUUCUUGGCACCAAAGGAAGUGAUUGUCAAAGGCGACCGCGUGGCUGGACUCAAGUUCUUGCGCACUGAACAGCUGGACGACGGGACGUGGAUUGAAGAUGAAGAGCAGGAAGUUCGCUUGAAAGCUGAUUGGAUCAUUUCCGCUUUUGGCUCCGGACUGGAGAACGCCGAUGUGAAAGCGGCUAUGGAACCGAUCAAGUUUAAUCGUUGGGGACUGCCGGAAGUGGAUACCCGCACGAUGCAAUCCAGCCUGGACUGGGUCUUUUGCGGUGGAGACAUUGCCGGUGUUGCCGAGACAACGGUCGAGUCUGUUAACGAUGGCAAAACGGCCGCCUGGUACAUGCACCAAUACAUUCAGAGCUCGCACGGCUCGCUCCUCAUUUCAUCCGAGCCGAAAUUGCCCAAGUUUUACACGCCGAUUGACCUGGUCGAUAUCGGCGUGGAAAUGUGUGGACUCAAGUUCCCCAAUCCGUUCGGACUGGCUUCGGCACCGCCCACCACCACUUCCGCCAUGAUCCGCCGAGGCUUCGAGGCCGGAUGGGGCUUUGCCCUCACCAAGACCUUCUCCCUGGAUAAGGACAUUGUCACGAACGUGUCGCCACGCAUUGUGCGAGGAACCACUUCGGGACACAUUUACGGGCCCGGCCAAGGAUCUUUCCUCAACAUUGAGUUGAUUUCGGAGAAAACGGCCGCCUACUGGUGCCAGAGUGUCACGGAACUCAAAGCCGAUUUCCCUAAUCACAUUUUGAUCGCCAGCAUCAUGUGCAGCUACAACGAGGCGGAUUGGACGGAGCUGGCUCGCAUGGCUGCCGCAGCCGGAGCGGAUGCUCUCGAGUUGAACUUGUCGUGCCCCCACGGAAUGGGCGAACGCGGAAUGGGUCUCGCGUGCGGACAGGAUCCUGAACUUGUGCGCAACAUCUGCCGCUGGGUGCGGGCAGCUGUCACGAUCCCGUUUUUCGCCAAAUUGACACCCAACGUCACGUCGAUUGUGGCGAUCGCCCGGGCCGCCUACGAAGGGCAGGCCGACGGCGUGACGGCGACCAAUACCGUCUCAGGAUUGAUGGGAGUGCGCAGCGACGGAUCGGCUUGGCCAUCGAUCGGCAAGGAGCAGAAGACGACUUACGGAGGCAUGUCAGGCAACGCUAUCCGGCCCAUCGCUUUGAAAGCCGUGUCAGCCAUUGCCAGGGCUCUACCCGGAUUCCCCAUCCUAGCGACGGGCGGGAUCGACUCGGCCGACGCAGCUCUCCAGUUCCUCCAGUGCGGUGCCAGCGUUCUCCAGAUUUGCAGCUCCGUCCAGAAUCAGGAUUUCACCGUCGUCGACGACUACAUCACCGGUCUCAAGACUCUGAUGUAUCUGAAAUCCAUCGACGGACUCAAAGGAUGGGACGGCCAGAGCCCGCCCACCAUCCGUCAUCAAGUUGGCAAACCCGUCACCCAGUUGGACACGAUUGUCGAUCAGCAUUUGCCAAACUUUGGACCGUUCAUGAAAGAGCGCGAGAAGAGAGUGGCUGAAUUCAAGAAAGCGGAUGAUCUUCUCGCCGAGGAAUAUCAGCCGAAGCCUCUGCGACCGGCCAACGAACCUGCUAGGCCUGUGCCUCCCAUCCGGGCCAUUAUCGCUGCCGCAAUUGACCGCAUAGGCACCUACGCCGACCUUGAUAACAAGCAACAAGUCGUCGCCAUGAUUGAUGAGGAAAUGUGCAUCAAUUGUGGGAAAUGUUACAUGACUUGCAACGAUUCCGGCUAUCAGGCUAUCGUUUUCGAUCCAGUUACCCAUCUACCAAAGGUUAACCAGGACUGCACUGGAUGCACUCUGUGUCUCUCCGUGUGUCCUAUUAUCGAUUGCAUCACAAUGGUGCCGCGUAAAAUCCCGUACAUUCCCAAACGAGGAGUUGCGCUGGGUGCCGAUGUCAACCGACGCCUAGCAGUCGCCCCGUCGCAGGAUUUUUAAAUCACUUCAGAAAUAAAAAACACUUUCGAGUUGCUGUGUCGUUUACACGUUUUUGAGAUUUCGCCCGGAAUCUCAAUAGCUCCUAGCCGCACCACCGAUAGUUCAAAUAUUCGAAUAUCUGCUGGGUGAUGGGAAAUAAUUCAGUUAAUUCAAUAGAUUCAAUAUACUCAUUUAAUUGAUAACAGUGUGUGUCUAUGUUGCAUUUUGUGCGGUAGACCAAGUGGACCAAUAUAAUAUGUGCAUGGACUUUUGCAGCUUUGGAAUAAUAAACACUAUCAAUUAAUGCAAAAAAAAAA